AUGUUUGGCUCUAUUCUUAAUGUUCUUGAAUCACUUGUUCUUGAUGCACGAUUAUUGGAUGAAAGAGCCAAGGCAAUGGGAUAUCUUGAAGCUUGUCGAACAUAUGAGGUUGCGUUCAUGUUGCAUUUGAUGAGUGAUGUUUUAGCAAUCACAAAUGAGCUUAAUAAAUGCUUACAAAAAAAGGAGCAAGAUUUGGCAAAUGCCAUGUUACUUGUUGAAGUAGCAAAAAUAAGGUUGCAAGCAUAUAGGGAUGAAGAAUGGGAUUCUCUUAUUGCUAGGGUGUCUUUGUUUUGUAUCAAGCAUGAAAUUUUGGUACCUAACUUUGAGGAUCCAUGUGUUAGCUCUUUAAGAUCACGAAGGAGACUUGGUGACAAUAAAGUCUCUCAUCAUUAUCGUGUUGAGGUAUUUUGCAAUAUUAUUGAUUGGCAACUUCAAGAACUUAAAGAUCGUUUUGGCGAAGCGACGACUGAUUUGCUUCAUGGAAUUUCUUGUUUGAAUCCAAUUGACUUGUUUUCAAGUUUUGAUAUCAGGAAAAUAAUGAAAAUGGCUAAAUUAUAUCCUGAUGACUUUAAUGAAUUCAAUAUGGGUUCUCUUGAGAAUCAACUUGCAAGUUACAUUAUUGAUGUUCGUGAUGUUGAUGAAAGGUUCUACAAUCUAAAAGGGCUUUGUGAUCUUUCAAAAAAAUUAGUUCAGACAAAGAAGCAUUUAAAUUAUCCUCUUGUAUUCCGCUUAGUGAAACUUGCUUUGCUUCUGCCGGUUGCCACUGCAUCCGUUGAAAGAGCUUUUUCAGCAAUGAAGUUUAUCAAGAAUGACUUGCGGAGUCAAAUGAGUGAUGAUUUUUUUUGCGGUUGUUUGGUGCCUUAUCUAGAAAAAGAUGUAUUUGAUAAUGUUUCUAAUGAUGCUAUUAUUAAGACAUUUCAAGAUAUGAAACCUCGUAGAGUACAAUUGUAG